AUGCUUCGCGGCUUCGCCGGCCACAGCGUGCGCAGCCUGCGCAGCCUGACGCGGCAGUGCGCCAUUCAAAAAAUAUGGUGGAACUGUGGACGGUGCCUAGCCACUGAGGUGAAGACCAGAGGAAAGCUGUACUUCCAAAGCGACAAGGUCCCACGGAGCAUUUUAAGCACAGGAAAGGUGGGCACCAACCGAGAUCUACUGGGAUCUGAUGGAGAAUUCUUCGGCACAGACCCCAUCGGGCUCGAGGUAGACAUCAACAGCGGCCGGGAUCGAGCAAUGUCGCUGGAUGAGAACGGCUUUUGUCUUCUUCCCCACGCUUGGAAGCACGUCGACUACUAUGACAACCACCAGGUGAUCAAUUCAUACUAUGCCGAAUGUGAGGCCCUCGUACAGAAAGCCACUGGGGCGACCAGAGCUGUGGCCUUUGAUCACAACCUCCGCGCCAAGCAGCGAAAGGAGGCUGGUGAUCGCCUACGCGGUGGCAGUGCCGUGCAAGAACCAUUGACAACCUAUGGAGUUCACAACGAUUACACGCUGACUUCUGCCGCCCAGCGCAUUCGGCAGCUUGCCCAACCUGCCGGCAAAAACGACACCCGCGUGGGCACCAGCUUAUUGAAUCCAGAAGAAGUGGAAGGCUUGCUGAAGAAGAGAUGGGUUUUCAUCAAUGUCUGGCGGAACGUUGCAGAGACCCCGGUUGAAAGCUUCCCGCUGGCAGCCUGUGAUGCAAAAUCCUUGGCGCUGGAUGACUUAAUCGUCUUUGAAAUCAGAUAUUCUGACCGUGUAGGCGAGAACUAUUUUGCGAGAUACUCCGAUGCACAGCGGUGGUUCUACUAUCCGAGGAUGGAGAAAGAUGAAGUGAUGCUGCUGAAGUGCUGGGAUUCCAGAGGUGCAGAUUUUCUCCAGUAUAGUGAGGCGGACGGGCCAAAGGAGCCUGCAGUGCCUGCGACCUUUAGUUUGCACGGGUCUUUUGAAGACCUGGGAAGUCCAGAUGACGCCACAGAUCGGGAGAGCAUCGAGGCAUUUGGGACCAAAGCCUCGUCAGGUCAGACUGGUGGCCUUCUACUGAUGCGGUACCCUGCGGAAGCGGCUUCCAAAGCGGUGCUGGUGGACAGUAGGCAGAUGAUUGGCGAUCUCGUUCACGACGUGCUUGCUGAAUUCCCCUCUGUCAUUCACCUCAAUGUGGGCGGCCGGCGGCUGACGACCACCUUGGCCUCCCUGAGAUCCGACCCAGACUCAAUGUUGGGCCUGAUGUUCAGCGGGAAGCACCCAGUCUUGAGAGAUGCUGAUGGCUGCUAUUUCAUCGAUCGAGAUGGAAGGCAAUUUCAUCACAUUUUGAACUACUUGAGAGAUGGGACACUUCCCAUUGGCCUCUCCAGGGUAGAUCGCUUGGAGCUGCUCAGGGAGGCAGACUUCUAUGGCCUCAAGUCCUUGUACGGCUUCAUCGGUGGGCCCACCGUGCAGGCGGCCAUGAUGACCGGCGGCGGGACCGGGGCCUGGCUCCGGAGCCUUUGGAACGACUUGGCCAAAGCAGAAGCAGCCGACUUUUCGGUCAACAGCCACAGCCAUCGAGUUUACGCUCGCCUGCGCUAUGGUCAAGAAUACAGUGGAGAUUGGAUCGUAUCGUCUCCAAGGAACUUACCACACGUUCAGUACGAACUCUAUGAUGCGUGCUUGGCCAGAGACCCUGUUACAGCACUGAACAAGAUGGGCCGACGUGUGGCAAUGAGGGCUUGGACAGGUGAACAGGAACAAAGAUCGCUGAACGAGUCUACUCUUUUGGACUCAAGGGGCUCUGCAGAACUGGGCGACCUGAAGGAGAAACGUGGAGCCGAGCCGUCCAGAGAAUCCACGGCAAUCCCAGUAGCGCAGGUUUUUGGCGCAGCUUCUUUCUCAGAUGAUGAGGAUGCUUGCGAUAGCGAUGGUGGUGACCCCAUCCCACCGAACAGGAAGGCAGCAGAGGAUCUGCAGGAAGACGAGGAAUUUUGGACCAAGGCCCAGGAGGCUCUAGAAGACCGUGGCCGUCGAGAACGUUUGUUGAAGUUCAUGAAGCGACAUCGCUUCAAGGACGUGAAUAGCAGCAGCGGCUGGUUCUUCAACUUUCGUUUCCCGCUGCACGCUGCAGUCGAGGACAACGACGCAGAAAUGAUCCGUAUCCUGCUCCAUUUCAAAGCCAAGACCAAGCUGAAGGAUGCAUCUGGCUGGUCCGCGCGCCAACUGGCACGCAAACGGAACGUCAACGGCUCGCACGACGCAGUGCUGCAACUGCUGAAUGAUCACGCCAUGGCCAGGCGUAAGCGUGCGGCCGCGCGCCGCGCGGCCAAGGAGGGCAAGGCCGAUGCCAACGCGAGUGUGGAAGGCGGCGAAGGCAAAGAGGAGGAAAAGGAGGUAGCCCCGGCGGCGUCAGAGGCCUGCACUGUCUCCAGUGGCAAGUGGUAUCCAGUUGUGCCCAUGGAUAUGGAAUGGGAUAUGGCGGCCAUGGCCGUAUGUUGCGGGCAGCGCUUGAAGGAAUACAACCUGUGGGUUUGUCCGCACUGCGAGCGCGGAGUCAAGGUCGCAGAUGUGACGGAUCUGAGCUGCGAGGUGCAACGCUCAAGUGAUGGCGUGGACUGGCCCUGGGUCAAGCAGGCGAUGAAGAACUUCUUGACCAACUUGGUGCUUCCUCCGGCGGAGCGCACGCGAGAGCAUGAGGUGGACAAGCUCUUGGACUUGGCAUCUGCUCCAAUGCAGGGCGAUUGCUACCUGGGCAUCAUUGCAUUUGGGUUUUUCGCCUAUCACUUCAUGGAGACCAGCGAACGGCAACAUUUCAUCCGCACCAGCGUUUUUGGCGGCGUCACCUUCCAGAAGACGGUCCCGUUAUCCUACUGGGACGUCUACACCUCGGGUUGGCCCAUCUUUGGUCUCCUGGCCACGGCGGCGGAGACGGUUCAGAGCGAUGCGACGGCAGGUCACGGCAGUUUGUCCAAAGAAGAGCAAGCUGACGUGGGUUUGACCGGUGCUUCUCCUCAGUGCGGGUGGCUGAAGGUAUUGACCUUGGACCCAGGAACUUCGACUUCCCGGGUGGCCCUGCGACCAAGGAGAACCUGGGAGGUACCCGGUGGUUAA